UCCAUGGACCGAGGAGGGCCCGUUUCUCUUUUCAGAACGUCGUCGUUUGAGCCUUCAAAGUUUCUAAUCCUCUGGUGGCGCCCGCAAUUUCUGAAUACUGCCCGUCCAAACCGCCGGCAAUUGCCGGAACUGAAGAAGAGAAGCGGAGAACUGCACGGUGAACUCCUCCAGGCCGAAGCUAUGGUCUCAAAUUGAAAAGAGGAAAGCCAUUGCAGCUCUCACACUAGACUAAACUCUUCAACCCAUAGAAAAAUGCGCGGAGACGCGACGAACUGGGACGAGGAAGCCUACCGAGAGCGCAUAUUGAGAGAACGGGAAGCCCAAACCCUAACCGUCUUCAGGACUGCGUGGGCACCUUCUCCUGACCCCAUUCCAGACGCCAUUGUCGUAGCUUCCAGUGAUGGAUCGAUCGCUUCGUACUCCAUCUCCUCUUGCGCCUCCAAGCUCCCAGUGGCUUUCGGCUACGGAAUGGCUCAGAGGGUUGAGCCUACCGGCUUUGUUCAAGCCCAUGAUGGACCAGCAUAUGAUGUCAAAUUCUAUGGCAGUGGUGAAGAUGCUUUGUUGCUGAGGUUUAGUGCUAACAUUCCUGAUGUCUUAUUUUCUAAAAGGGGUCCAUGGGGUGCGCUUUCGCCAAUCCCUGAAAACAAUGCUAUUGCUUUAGACACUCAGGGUGCAUCCAUCUUUUCUGCUGCUGGUGAUUCUUGUGCAUAUUGCUGGGAUGUGGAGACAUGCAAGAUUAAAAUGGUUUUUAAGGGGCACUUGGAUUACUUGCAUUGUAUAGUUUCCCGCAACUCUUCCAACCAGGCUUGUAGCAGUGGUCAAAGCUUAUUGGUUUGGAAUCUGCAUGCUUCUGAGUGUGUUUCGAGGACUUCCACUGCUGCAUCCAUGCAAGACAUGAUAUUCGACAAAAACCAAGUAUUGGCUGUUGGAUCAGAACCGUUCCUCAAUCGCUUCGACCUAAAUGGGAAGAUUCUUUCACAGAUACCAUGCGCUCCUCAGUCAGCAUUCUCUGUCUCUUUACAUCCAUCAGGGGUAAUCUCCUACUUCUCUCUAAGUGCAUUUAUCUCGGGGUUUACUGUUUAUCUGUGCGGUCCAAUCCCGUCCAGUGUGACCGCAAUUGGAGGUUAUGGCGGUCUUGUGGACGUGAUCUCACAGUUUGGAGUUUGGACCACAAAAGCCCAAACUACGCGGGGGGAGAAAGUGGGCCUGUGGGCCAAUCCGAAUGGGCUUAGGUAUCCAGCGCCCUACGAUUACGAAUCCGAGAAGGAAAAAGAGAAGGGGAGCGAAAGGACGGCAGAAACACGUAAAGAAGCGACGUUUUCAACUAUGGCAGGACAAGCACCAGACGGCGCGAACAAUUUUGAUGCCAAGAGCUAUGAUCUAAAGAUGAACGAGUUACUUUCGGCUGAUGGGCAGGACUUCUUUGCUUCCUAUGAUGAAGUUCAUGAAACCUUCGACUCUAUGGGCUUGCAGGAGAAUCUUCUUAGGGGCAUUUAUGCAUACGGUUUUGAAAAGCCAUCUGCUAUCCAGCAGAGAGGAAUUGUCCCUUUUUGCAAGGGGCUUGAUGUGAUUCAACAAGCCCAGUCUGGAACUGGAAAGACUGCUACUUUCUGUUCUGGUAUCCUGCAACAGCUUGAUUAUGCCUUGGUGGAAUGCCAGGCUCUGGUUCUGGCUCCAACUAGAGAGCUUGCCCAGCAGAUUGAGAAGGUUAUGCGUGCACUUGGUGAUUAUCUUGGCGUCAAGGUUCAUGCUUGUGUUGGUGGAACCAGUGUCCGUGAGGAUCAGCGCAUCCUUUCCAGUGGAGUACAUGUCGUUGUUGGUACCCCUGGUCGUGUCUUUGAUAUGCUCCGUCGACAAUCCCUCCGUGCUGAUUCCAUUAAGAUGUUUGUCUUGGAUGAAGCUGAUGAGAUGCUUUCCCGUGGAUUCAAGGAUCAGAUAUAUGAUAUCUUCCAGCUUCUGCCACCAAAGAUUCAAGUGGGUGUCUUCUCUGCAACAAUGCCCCCUGAGGCUCUGGACAUCACCAGGAAGUUUAUGAACAAACCAGUUAGGAUCCUUGUGAAGCGUGAGGAGCUCACUUUGGAAGGUAUCAAGCAGUUCCAUGUCAAUGUGGACAAAGAAGAGUGGAAGCUGGAGACACUCUGUGAUCUCUACGAGACCCUAGCCAUCACCCAGAGUGUCAUCUUUGUGAACACCAGGCGCAAGGUGGACUGGCUGACCGACAAGAUGAGGAGCAGGGACCACACCGUCUCUGCCACUCAUGGUGACAUGGACCAGAACACUAGGGACAUUAUCAUGAGGGAGUUCAGGUCUGGCUCAUCCAGGGUCCUGAUCACCACCGAUCUCCUGGCUCGUGGUAUCGAUGUCCAGCAAGUGUCGCUGGUCAUCAACUAUGACCUGCCCACUCAGCCCGAGAACUACCUGCACAGGAUUGGUCGUGGUGGUAGGUUUGGAAGGAAGGGUGUGGCCAUCAACUUCGUGACCAAGGAUGACGAGAGGAUGCUUUUCGACAUCCAGAAGUUCUACAACGUGGUGAUUGAGGAGCUCCCAGCCAAUGUUGCGGAUCUUCUGUGAGAGAGGCUUUUUGCUGUGUUGCCUUUCCUUUUGCUGCCUUGAAUGAAUUGAGUGAGAGAGAUUAUGAUGCAUGUCUUGUACUCUCUUCAAUCUUUGUUUUUAUGUUUUUGUUGCUCUUUUUUUUUUUU